AUGACAGCCAAAAGCCGCCUACUUAAUGUCGCGCCACUGAGCCUGGCAUUAUUAUGCUUUUCGCACCGUGCAUCCAGCUUCAAGGAUUGGUACUUCGGUGUCGAGAAGGUACCGGACUUCCGCAUGAUGGCGGUCAAGCCUCUGGCCUCGGUGCAUGACUCCAUCCUGUACACGUGCUCGGCCGCCUCGUCGGACCCGCAGCCGCUCAACAUCCGCUUCCUCAUCAACUUCCGCAACCUGACCGACUUCUGCAGGGACGGCCUCAAGUGCAAGGCGCCGCCAAUCACGCGAUCUCGCUUCAACGUCGUGCGAGGUCCCCUGGUCAUCUACGACUCACAGAGUUACACGGCUAAAUCGAGAAACGUGUCGUCGCAGCUCGAGUUUGGCUCGACGGUCCCCGUCGAAGGAACGGUGUCGUGUGCCUUCGAGAACGCGCACGGAAACGUGCUGGCCAACCUGUACGGCUUCUUCAACAUCAGCCAGCACAUCCUGCCGAACAACGUGAACGCCUCACAGCUCUGCGUUCUCCAGCAGGGAUGCCGUCUCGAAGAGAAGCACUGUCUCGGUCUGAAUCAUGAAAACUGCAGCCAGUGCCAGGCGGGCAUGGGGUUCGACAGCUUCUACCACCUGUGCUUCGACCCUCGCCAGAUCGACCAGUCGUGCGUGUUCCUGCACCAGUGCACGCAGUCCGAUCCGCGCUCUCUGUGCAAGCUCCGGGUGUGUCGGUGCAGGCCACGGCACGAGUACAAGCCCGAAGGCUGCCAGCCCCAGGUCGGGCUCGGCUACCUCUGCGGACCGGGUACCUACUGCUCCACGCCGCUGGCCACCUGCGUCAAGCAUGCCUGCGUUUGCCCGGAGGACCACUUGGCGGUGAACGGGACGUGCCAGGCGGCCGCGGCUAUCGAGCUGAAGGACAUGCUGGUCAUCCUCACGUCGACCGCGAUCGUCUUCACCGCAUUCACGUCACUCGUCUGCAUCCUGCUGCGCGACCAGCGGCCGGAGGACGAAGAAGGCAACCGGUCGCGAUACUCGCUCAACUCCAUCAGAUGA